AUGCGAGCGGCGCGUGGUUUUAAGUUCGACGAAUUCGAUGACCUCUGUGGCGAGCUGGAUGGAGAACAACUUCAGCUGAAAUGGCAGCACUACACCCGCGCGUUGUCCGCAGCAUCGACAAGCACAGCCGUGGCGACACUGGCCGCAGGACCCACGGGAGGCGUCUCGAUGAUAGGGGCCAUGAUCGCUGGUCCGCUUAUCCACAACGCGCGGAAGAAGCGCCAGAUCAUCGAGCACCACAUGAGCAUCAGGGGCAUUGAGCCGGAGACGCGCAACAAGGACAUCUACGGCCCCAUGGGCUUCAGCGCAAUCGUCUCCCAUGCUGCUAUUGAUGCUGGUGUCACGGCUGCCGAAGACAAGCAUUCGCAGAGGGAACAUGACAAGGAGAUUGAAAAAGCAGGCGCCCAGCUUGUGCGCGCUAAUACCGCGCCUGUAUCGCAGGUGGUUCCGAUGAACCCGAGUAUUGGACAGGUGCUGCUGAACCACACAAAGAGCAUGCCUACCUCGCUAGGGGCCACAGCAAACGGACUCAUUGCGUCGGCGGCGCGCCUGAAGGCUGAGAAAUACCCUUUGUUAAAGGAGUAUCUUACCUCUGUUGCGGUCCAAUCACGAGGAACUCUGUCAAAACAAACAUCAAGGGAGGGAGGCCCUCGCGCGCCCUUCCGGUCCGGGACCAGCCAGAACUAUGAAUCACAUUCGUCUUCCGCCCCACUCUCAUCCAUCCAAGAGAAGGCCUUCGUCCCAGACACCAGCCCAUCUCCGGCGACCUCACGCGAGCCGGUUGAGCUCGAUUCCACGCCUCGGACAGCUCCCUCGAAAUUGGACUCGUGUAUUGUCAGCCCCCUCUCGCCGCCCAGUUCGGCAAGCCAUUGGCCCUCGCCACCUCAGUCCUUCGUCUCAGAGCUUGAAGACGCCAGCAGCCCCGGGUCGUCCACCUUCCAUACGAGCACUGGAUCCUCCGAGCUUCCAGGCGAUGCUGACACCAUCAUGUCCAGCUUGCUCGAAGCCAUCGACGAGACAACCCUGAACGAGCUCGAGGCCGACCUAGAGUGCGCUGUCGUGGAGAUGGACAACCCUGAGACCUGGAUCAAUUCAGUCGAGAAAGAAGCCGGAGCUGCCGCCUCCACACCUGAGGCAAGGCGCAUGAGCAGGACAUUCAAGCUGCCCUCCGACCUGGACAGCCUCGUCAGACGUCACAGCACGCGCUUCACCCGCCGGUCCAGUCAGCGGGGUAGCAGUGUGCGGUAUAGCCAGUAUUCAUUUGUAGAGGGCGAAGACAAGUUGAGCACAGCCUCGAUCACAACGCUGCGGAAACCCGCAUCACAGGCGACCUUGCGCACCAGCGCCUCGUCGACACGCCUUCAAGUAUCGAGUCUGGACGGGGAUCAGCGUCUCGUGCAGCAACAUGACAACCUAAAAGCCAAGUCCCUCGAAACUCACACCCAUCCUAACCGCCAGCUGCGGCGUCCAGCGUCCAACAGCUCUCUGCUGCCUGCGUACAGUGCGGUGGACGCAGCCUCCGCUCCGGCGUACAAAAUCACCCACAACACCAACGAGCCACAUUCGCCACAAGACCAUGACUUGCACGCGCGGCAGCAACAAGGGGAGUCCUCUCGCGGCGCACCCGCAGGUCACGAUACCGCCGCUCAUGAUGCCACCGACGGGAUACAUAACCCGCCGCUGUCAUCGUCACGCUCACUCCCGCUCCGGCCGAUGACGCACCACUCAUCGAGCGGUUCGAUGUCUUCGGCGCUAAGCCGGACGGGCAGCGUGGCGCUGAGCGCGCACGAGGGCAUGAAGAAGGUUGGGUACUUCGGGCUGGAGCCGGCGACCAAGCUGGCCAUAGCGGGCAGCCUCCUGAUGGUCGGCGUGAGGCCGAGCGUGCAGCGCAAGUAUCUGGACAAGGCCAAGGGUAGGAUGGGUCUGCCUGUCGAGGAUAAGGGGAACAAUGGCUUCAUGGGUAUGGGGAAAGAAUUUGGAAAGGGAGAGGAGAAGCAGAAGCGCGUGCAUGGGGACGAUGCUUAUCUUGAUUACAUUUAA